AUGACUGAACAGCUUCCGGCCUUUUACGGCUUCAACAUCAACGCCGAACCACCCCUCCACUCCCCUGCAAGAGGCACAACAUCAAUUGAGAUUGUCCUUGCCACUCGAAUUGACAAGGCGACUACUCUAGCCCGUGUGUCACCGACCAAUUUAAUCAUACGCCCGUGUUUCUGCGAUCGCCCCUCGACUCUCACCCCCAUCCUCAACAUGCCUGCUCGGCCAAUCACCCACAUGCUGCGCGCGCGCUGCCUUCUGCGCCAGCCCCAGACCGCUCAGGCUUUCUCAACCCGUUCCGUUGUCCGUGGCGGUGCCGACCACGGCGAUCACUAUGACCCUCCCACCGGCUAUCUGUUCGGCCUGAAGCCCGGCCAGAAAUACGAGAAGGAAGGCUGGGAGAAUAUCUGGUACUACGGAUUCAUUGGAAGCUUCUUGGUUGCUGGUGUCGCAUAUGUCUUUAAGCCCGAUACUUCCAUACAAACUUGGGCUCUUGAGGAGGCCCGCCGGAGGCUGGAGGCCGAGGGUAUCCUGGAGGACCCCGACAAGGUCAAGAAAUAA